AUGCAUGGAGAAGAUGUUACUAGUGGAGCUAUUGCAGACGGUAGAGUUUUGCUCUUGGAUAGGACGAUAGCAAUAGAGACCGACUCCUCGGUGCAAGGGAUGGGAAAGAGGCGAAGUUCAUCAUCUGGUGUAAACUCCUGGUUACCCGAGAUGAUGAGGCAGUCUUCUCCAGCAUCCUUGUUGGAGUUUGAAAGAUUGGCUAUCAACUUGGUUGAGUUUGUAGAAGUGCAUCACUUCUCUAAAGAGGAUGUUGAGAGGGAAUCUGAUCCCACCCUCGGGUCAGAUAAUGCUCUUAAUUGGAACGAAUUGGUUGAGUGCUUGUCGGAGGUGGUGAACAGGAGCAAUUGCAGAAAGUUUCAAAGCAAUAUGUAUAAGAAUUUGCAAAGCCAUGAUCGGGUGCUAGUAGCCACUUCCAAUCAACAUAUGAGUCAAUUUGGAGAUGCAAUCCGAGGCGUUAGAUUUGAUCUGAUCAAAAGUGAACUAGGUGCUUAUGGGGAGAUGAUCUUAGGAUCAAGCUCUGCAUAUUUACAAAGCAAUAUUAACAGAUAUUUCUCCAACCCUCAGUAUUACUUUGAAGUAAAUGAUUUGUAUGUGAAGAAUAAAUUGAAGGUGGUCUUGUUUCCAUUUCUACAGAAGGGGCAUUGGAUGAGAACAAGAGAGAAAGUUCGGGGAGAAUUCGCAUACAAACCACCAGUACAUGAUAUAAAUGCACCUGAUUUGUACCUCCCAUUGAUGGCAUUUGGUACCUAUUUGGUUCUUGCUGGCUUCAUUUUGGGCAUCAAUGGAAAGUUCAACCCGGAAGCUUUGGGGGUGCAAUUCACAAAUGGAUUGCUCUGUUGGCUAUUGCAAGCCCUCCUACUGGAGACUAUAAUGCAUUGGCUAGGAGGUGGCAACGUGGCGGUGCCAGUGCUCAACAUGGUUGCCUAUGGCAGAUACACUUUUGUGGCAGCUUCUGUUGUCAUGCUGGCUAGGGAUUUUUGGAGUAGGUCAUUCCAUGUAGUCACUUUGUGGGAAUGCUUUUGUAUGGGAGUGUUGUUGGUGAAGACCAUGAAGAGGAUUCUAAUUGCAAAGGUGAGAAGUUGUGACAUUAAACAUUCUAGCAAACGCCACUAUCUCUUGCCUUUGAUGGCUAUUGCUCAAAUUCCCUUGUUAUUUUGGCUUGGCAAUGUUGGUGUUUGAACCUUAAAUUCAA